GCGCGGGGGGCCGAGGCUGUCCCUGCAGGCCGGGGUGCCCGGGGAGGGAGCGAGGCCGACGAAGAGCCGCCCUCCUCCCUCCUUCCCUCCCGCACUCCACCCAGGAGCGAUCCAGUGAAAGCAGGAGGAGGUGAUUCUCCUCCUCCUUCUCCUUCUCCUUCCCUCCCUCCCUCCCGCCGCUGCUCCCGCUGGUGUGGAGGGGACUGCAGGAAUCUCCGCGCCGCGCCGAGGCAGGGCUGUGGGGGGAGCGGAGCCGCGCUGUGGAGAGCGGGGGCCGCCCCCGGUCCCUGGCCAUGGGCAAGGACCAGGAGCUGCUGGAGGCUGCUCGCACGGGGAAUGUGGCUCUGGUGGAGAAACUCCUGUCUGGGAGGAAAGGAGGGAUCCUGGGCAGUGGAUCUGGAGCUAUUCCCUUAUCCAGCUUGCUGAGCAUCUGGCGUGGACCAAAUAUAAACUGCACAGACAGUUCAGGUUAUACUGCUUUACAUCAUGCAGCUUUAAAUGGACACAAGGAUAUAGUUCUCAAAUUACUUCAGUAUGAAGCAUCAACUAAUGUGGCAGAUAAUAAAGGUUAUUUUCCUAUUCACUUGGCUGCCUGGAGAGGAGAUGUAGACAUUGUGAAGAUUCUCAUCCAUCAUGGGCCAUCACACUCCAGAGUGAAUGAACAGAACAAUGAAAAUGAAACAGCAUUGCAUUGUGCAGCUCAAUAUGGUCAUUCAGAAGUAGUUGCUGUUUUGUUGGAAGAGCUAACAGACCCUACAAUAAGGAACAACAAACUAGAAACACCUCUGGAUCUGGCAGCACUUUAUGGACGUCUGCGUGUUGUAAAAAUGAUCAUCAAAGCAUAUCCAAACCUGAUGAACUGUAAUACAAGAAAACACACACCUUUGCAUCUUGCUGCACGUAAUGGCCACAAAGCUGUUGUGCAGGUGCUUCUGGAGGCUGGAAUGGAUGUCAGCUGCCAAACAGAAAAAGGGAGUGCACUACAUGAAGCAGCCCUCUUUGGAAAGGUGGAAGUAGUACGCAUUUUGCUUGAAACAGGAAUUGAUACCAACAUAAAGGACAGUUUGGGUAGAACAGUUUUAGAUAUUCUUAAAGAACAUCCAUCUCAACAGUCACUCCAAAUUGCUGCUCUACUUCAAGAAUAUAUGGAAACAGGAAAUGCAAGUGUUUCAGAGGAACGCCCACUGGAAUGCGCAGAACAUCAGUCUUGCAUUUUGUCCCCAGAAGUUCCUCCAUCUCCAAAGGCUAAAAGUGAAGCUGUGACGGGAGAAUUAUCAAAGCUCUUAGAUGAAAUCAAAUUGUGCCAAGAAAAGGAAUACUCUUUUGAAGAUCUGUCUCAUACAAUAUCUGAUCAUUAUCUGGACAAUUUUAGUAAAAUAUCAGAGGAAGAACUUAUGACCAGUGGAAGCCAAUCCAAGCUUAAUGUAAGGCCUGCUUCAACAUGUUUAUCAACAAGAGAGGAGGAAGAAGACGAUGCAGGUGAAAACACUUGUGGUCCUUCAGGUAUAUGGGAAGCACUGACACCUUGUAAUGGAUGCAGAAACCUUGGAUUUCCCAUGCUUGCACAGGAAUCUUAUUCAAAGAAGAGAGGUUAUGCAUUGGAAACGAUACCCUCUGCGCCUCUGGAUGCAGUUCCUUCAGAAAAUGACAACAGUCUUUGUGAUUCAAUAGACAUAGCAGUGACCAAAAAGCCUUGUUCCCUAGAGAUAGCAAGAGUACCUUCCUCAAGACCAGAUAAUGCACCUCAGGUAGCAAUUACCGCACCAGGAUCUGGUAACCAUAGAAACAGCUCUACAGGCCCAACACCUGACUGCUCUCCUCCGUCACCAGACACUGCACUUAAGAACAUAGUAAAAGUUAUACGUCCUCAGCCCAAGCAGCGCACAUCAAUAGUAUCUUCUCUGGAAUUUCACCGAAUGAAUCACAGCCAUGACUACUUUGAAAUCAACUCAUCCAUUGCCUGUACAAGUUUUAUUUCUACUCCUGAAAUCAGUCCACCUAAUUAUUCCUUUGGAUCUCUGGAAGACAGCGUUGAAGAGAGAGAACUUACAGAGCGUCUUUGCCAUGGAGAGACAUCUACUGAAAGUGAUCUUCCUGAAGGACACCCCGCUGAGCAGUUUGCAGGUUUACUUCAUGGAUCAUCACCUGCAUGUGACCCACCUGAUAACCCACUCCAGCUGUACAGCAAAACAAACCAGUGCAGUAGUCCACUGGAGAAAAACAUUUUGAGCAAGAGCACAGUGCAGCAGAUACAGCUACGGAAAGAAAACAACCCUGAUCCUCCUGUUAAGAAAAAAAAGCCACAGGUUGUAAACAGAACCAUAUUUCAUACUAAAACUAAACCAGUGGAAAACCAUACACUGGUUGGCACAUCAACAAGGAUAAGUGAACAGUGGGUUAUUACUACUGGAGGAUUUGUUGAGCGAGCAUGCACACUUGGGAGAAUACGAUCUUUACCAAAGACUUUGCUUGAAAUGCAUUUGUACAAAAAUGUUUCAAAAUCUGAUUCUAAUCUUAUCACCCAUCCUCCAAGUGACAAAAAAGCAAGAAGCAACUGGAGUGAACCUACACCAAAUCAACAGUGCUCUAAAGGAAAUUCUGAAAGAACACCUUCCUUCACAUCAGAAUGGGAAGAAAUUGAUAAAAUCAUGAGUUCCAUAGAUGCUGGAAUUAAUACUGGUCUGGGGGAAAUGAACGAUCACGUUACAAGACCCCGAUGCCCUGUCCAGACAGUGGGACAAUGGUUGGAAAAUAUUGGGCUACCUCAGUAUGAAAACCACUUGCUGGCUAAUGGAUUUGACAAUGUGCAAUUUAUGGGAAGCAACGUAAUGGAAGACCAGGAUCUCCUGGAAAUAGGAAUACUUAACUCUGGACACAGACAGAGAAUACUCCAGGCAAUCCAGCUUCUCCCAAAGAUGAAGCAGAUUGGUCAUGAUGGCUACAACCCCACCUCUGUAGCUGAAUGGUUGGAUUCCAUUGAAUUGGGUGACUAUACCAAAUCCUUUCUAAUUAAUGGCUAUACAUCGAUGGACCUUGUGAAAAAAAUCUGGGAGAUUGAAUUAAUUAAUGUCUUAAAAAUUAGCUUGAUUGGCCACCGGAAGCGUGUUCUGGCAUCUUUGGGAGACAGGCUGCACGAAGAUCCUCCUCAGAAACCACCUCGGUCGAUAACCCUCAGGGAACCCAGUGGUAACCACACUCCUCCUCAGUUGUCUCCAUCACUUAGCCAAAGCACUUUCACUACUGGUGGCUCCCUGGACGUUCCCCACAUUAUCAUGCAGGGCGAUGCAAGGAGGAGAAGAAAUGAGAACUAUUUUGAUGAUAUUCCUCGGUCAAAGCUGGAGAGGCAGAUGGCACAGACAGGAGACUGGGGAGAGCCUUCAAUUACCUUGCGACCUCCAAAUGAAGCUACAGCAUCAACACCUGUACAAUAUUGGCAACAUCAUCCAGAGAAACUCAUCUUCCAGUCUUGCGAUUAUAAAGCAUUUUAUUUAGGUUCUAUGCUGGUAAAAGAGUUAAGAGGCACAGAGUCAACACAGGAUGCAUGUGCAAAGAUGAGGAAGUCUACAGAACAAAUGAAGAAAGUGCCAACCAUUGUCCUGUCUGUCUCAUACAAAGGAGUCAAAUUUAUUGAUGCAACAAAUAAGAAUAUUAUUGCUGAACAUGAAAUCCGUAACAUUUCCUGUGCUGCACAAGACCCUGAAGACCUUUCUACAUUUGCGUACAUCACUAAAGACUUGAAGACUAAUCACCACUACUGCCAUGUAUUCACUGCGUUUGAUGUGAAUUUAGCUUAUGAAAUCAUUCUUACAUUAGGACAAGCAUUUGAGGUGGCCUAUCAGCUUGCACUACAAGCACGAAAAGGGGGCCAUUCUUCAACCCUCCCAGAAAGCUUUGAAAAUAAACCCUCCAAACCUAUUCCAAAACCACGUGUUAGUAUUCGGAAGUCAGUGCAAAUAGAUCCAUCUGAACAAAAGACUCUUGCGAAUCUACCAUGGAUUGUUGAACCUGGACAAGAAGCCAAAAGAGGCAUUAAUACCAAGUAUGAAACUACAAUUUUCUGAUACAAAACUGUCCCCCUGUUCCUUGUUGUGCCUUGCACUCCAAGCAGUCACAGCACAGCCUUUCCUUUAUGGCAACGUUUCAAUCCAGCAGAGAGGAAGACUGCACUGUAUGAGUGGCCUUGUAACUAAUGAAAAAGGCUGAUAGUCAUUUCUGGUGAUCUUCUUCCUGCAGCACUGACAGAAGAAUGACACUAUAUGAAGACUUUUAAAAUUACAGUCCACAAGAGGAGUGAGAAACAUUAUUUUUCACACAGUUCUCCCUUGUGACUUUGCCACAGUGCUUUCUUUGAUUUCUUAUUUUAGAAUUCUACUUUUUAAAAAAAAACAAAAGGUCUCCUAACUAACACUAAUGCUGCCUACAAGUAGGAUAUUUGAUUGGUUUUUUAUUUAAAUCUUGGCAGUUUUUAAUUGAAAUAGAACCUGAAUUAAUAAAUAGAGUAUUUGUGAAACCACUGAAUUCAUUAAUAAUUGCUGUGUUGAAUAAAGAACUCAUUAAAGUGACAAGAAAUUAGGUACCCUGA